CUGUCAAUUAGUGUCAAUGUCAAUUUGUAGAAGUGUGUCACUUUAUUUGCUAUUAAAAUAAAAAAUACCAUUCAUUUUUAUGGCCGAGGAAGGCGCAUGUUUACAUUUCAAGAGCAUAUUAUUGAGUUUUGAUGGCUUUUCCACAGCCUAACGCUCAAAGAGAACUUGCAAAUCGGAAAAUUUUAGAAGAAUUACAGAUAAAGAAACAGUUACUCCUCAAACAAGGUGUAGCCUCUACUUUAAGCUCCACAGCACUCCCAGUUUUAGGAUCAACAACUCAAACAUCAGACGGACAUUCUAUCAAUUCGCUUCAAAGAACAGCUUUACAAACUGCGAAUGCUCAAUCAACUGGGUAUUUUAUUACUCAAGAUUCUUCAUUUGGCAAUUUAAUACUACCAGUGUUGCCCCGCUUUGAAGCGAAGCCCUAAUGUUUCCCUGUCUAAAGUUGAAGCGACUGGAAGAACGGUUGCAGUGUAUUUCAGAGUUUGAUAAGCCUAAAAUAUUAUUGGAACAGUACAUUACACCUUGGCACUUGGGAUCUCAUAUGUUAUAUACUGUACAGUCACAAUACGGAGAUAUUGAUGGAAAAUUAGUGGCAGACUUAGGAAGUGGUUGUGGAGCUUUAACCAUUGGUGCAGCAGUGCUAAAUGCUUCAUUAGUUAUAGGCUUUGAAAUUGAUGAGGAUGCCAUUCAUAUAUGUCAAGAGAAUAUCGAAGAUCACGAAUUAAGUAAUAUUGACAUUGUACAGUGUGAUGUUCUAAAAGGGGUUCCGUCAAGAUUCUACAAAUCAUUUGAUACUGUGUUAAUGAAUCCACCUUUUGGAACAAAACAUAAUGCAGGGAUUGAUAUGAAAUUUUUAGAAGCAGCUAUAAAUUUGUCCAGAAACACAGUUUACUCGUUGCAUAAAACUUCUACUAGGUCAUUUAUUUUAAAACACGCCGAGUCUUUAGGAGUCAAAGCAGAAGUUUUAGCAGAAUUAUCUUACGACCUACCUUCAACUUAUAAAUUUCACAAGAAGAAAUCUGUGGAUAUCCAAGUGGACUUUUACAGAUUUACUGUUCCAAAUACACACUAAUCAUGAGCGCCCAAUAUGGUAGAGACCACUGCAAGAUUGCAGUGGUCAAACUUUUACAAACCAUAGGUUGGCACAGCAUAAACUCUACACCUCUGGAAGUUCUUACUGAUCUUUUGGUCCAAUACCUUAAGCAAAUUACGAAAGUUACUAAUGAAUAUACAAACGAGUUUGGUAACACUGAAGCUAAUUUGGAUCACUUGGGGCUCGCCUUUCAGGAACUUGGCAUAAAUCUGGGAGAUCUAGAUGAAUAUGUGACGUACGUUAAUUUUUGUCCUCCAGCAAACCCCGUUCCAAAGUUUCCAAUAGACAAAGAGGACAAUUUGAAUUUCUUAAAACCAGGAAGUCAAGAAGUCAUUACAAGACCAGUUCAUAUUCAUGAACACAUGCCGCCUAUGUUUCCUCUCCUAGAAG